AUGUAUUUAAUAGGCAGAGACGGGAGGGAGAUCGCGCUACCGGAGCCGUUACGCAGGUGCCGCCGCGAUGCUGCUGCUCCGAGCCGUCACCGGGCGCAGGGUGCCCAGGCAGCCCAGGCCACCCCCACCCCCCGCUACCCCCUGUACACGCGGGAGGAGGUGGGGCGGCACCGCUCCCCCCACGACCGCGUCUGGGUGACCCACGGCACCGAGGUCUUCGACGUCACCGACUUCGUGGAGCUGCACCCCGGGGGGGCCGACAAGCUGCUGCUGGCGGCGGGGGGGCCCCUGGAGCCCUUCUGGGCGCUCUACGCCGUCCACAACCAGCCCCACGUCCUGGAGCUGCUGCGGGAGUACAAGGUGGGGGAGCUGAGCCCCGAGGAGGCACCGCCGGCCCCUGACGCCGCCCAGGACCCCUUCGCCGGGGACCCCCCCCGGCACCCCGGGCUGCGUGUCAACAGCCAGAAGCCGUUCAACGCGGAGCCGCCGGCGGAGCUGCUGACCGAGCGCUUCCUGACGCCCAACGAGCUCUUUUUCACCCGCAACCACUUGCCGGUGCCGGUGGUGGACCCCGGUUCCUACCGGCUGCGGGUGGAGGGGCCGGGGGGCCGGGCGCUCUCGUUGUCGCUGUCCGAGCUGCGCAGCCGCUUCCCCAAGCACGAGGUGACGGCCACGUUGCAGUGCGCCGGCAACCGCCGGACCGAGAUGAGCCGCGUCCGCCCCGUCAAGGGGCUGGCGUGGGACAUCGGGGCCAUCAGCACAGCCCGGUGGGGCGGCGCGCGGCUGCGCGACGUCCUGCUGCACGCCGGCUUCGGGGAGGAGCGGGAGGGCGAGUGGCACGUCUGCUUCGAGGGGCUGGACACCGACGUCGGGGGGGUCCCCUACGGCGCUUCCAUCCCCUACGGCCGCGCGCUCAGCCCGGCUGCCGACGUGCUGCUGGCUUACGAGAUGAACGGCGAGGAGCUGCCCCGCGACCACGGCUUCCCCCUGCGCGUGGUGGUGCCCGGCGUGGUGGGCGCCCGCAGCGUCAAGUGGGUGCAGCGCGUGGCCGUCAGCCCGGCCGAGAGCACCAGCCACUGGCAGCGCAACGACUACAAGGGCUUCUGCCCCUCCGUGGACUGGGACACGGUGGACUACACGACGGCGCCUGCCAUCCAGGAGCUGCCGGUGCAGUCGGCCAUCACCCACCCGCGCCCCGGCGCGGCGGUGCCGGAGGGGGAGCUGACGGUGAAGGGCUACGCCUGGAGCGGGGGCGGGCGAGAGGUGGUGCGGGUGGACGUCUCGCUGGACGGCGGCCGGAGCUGGCGCGUGGCGCGGCUGGCGGGCGAGCGGCCGGUGCCGGGGCGCGCCUGGGCCUGGGUGCUGUGGGAGCUGGAGGUGCCGGUGGCGGCGGGGACCGAGCUGGAGAUCGUCUGCAAGGCGGUGGACGGCAGCUACAACGUGCAGCCCGACACCGUGGCGCCCAUCUGGAACCUGCGCGGGGUCCUCAGCAACGCCUGGCACCGCGUCCGCGUCACCGUCGCCCGCUGAGCGGCCCCGCCGCGCUCCCCGCGCGCCCGCGGCCGCUCAAAGGUCGCCGCUUUUUACGGCCCCCGGACGUGUGAAAGUGGCUCCAUAAAGAUUGCGCAGUUUUAUGGA